AUGUCGUCGCUCUUGUAUGACGAUGACAACCAAGGAGGAAGUUAUGCACCACCAGACUCCACACCAGAUCAACAUGACAGUCCCAUGCAGUUGCGGACUCACAAAUCUACCAUCCGCCACCGCUACUUGCUCUACCAACAACAACAUGCAACAACAACAACAACAACAACAACAACCAACCGACGACGACGACGAUGA